GGCUCAGAAUGAGACGCCAUCUUCCCUCCCCUCACACCCUGGCAGAGCAGCAACGCUAGUGUGUGGAGAGUCUUCCUUACCGACGGACGGAGGUGGAGUAUCAUACCAGUGGCGAAUUGUUGGUCUUUUUGUGAUUCUACCACAACCCGCUGAUUAGCACAGCUGACGGGCACAAGGGAUUUACUCGUUUUCUCGGAUUAGGACGCUGUGCUGAGAGCAGGCUGAGAGCAACAUGGCGACCCAAUCGGACCUGAUGGAGCUGGACAUGGCCAUGGAGCCGGACCGCAAGGCGGCGGUGAGCCACUGGCAGCAGCAGUCCUACCUGGACUCAGGCAUCCACUCUGGGGCCACCACCACCGCGCCCUCCCUCAGCGGCAAGGGCAACCCGGAGGAGGAGGAUAUGGACAACCAGGUGCUGUACGAGUGGGAGCAGGGCUUCAACCAGUCCUUCCCCCAGGAGCAGGCAGCAGAGAUGGACGGACAGUACGCCCUGACGAGGGCGCAGCGGGUGCGAGCGGCCAUGUUCCCCGAGACGCUGGACGAGGGCAUGCAGAUCCCCUCCACGCAGUUCGACAGCGCCAACCCCACCAACGUGCAGCGACUAGCCGAGCCCUCGCAGAUGCUGAAGCACGCCGUGGUCAACCUCAUCAACUACCAGGACGACGCCGAGCUGGCCACCCGCGCCAUCCCAGAACUCACCAAGCUGCUCAACGACGAGGAUCAGGUGGUGGUGAACAAGGCAGCGGUGAUGGUGCACCAACUCUCCAAGAAGGAGGCGUCGCGCCACGCCAUCAUGCGGUCGCCGCAGAUGGUGUCGGCCAUCGUGCGCACCAUGCAGAACACGGGCGACGUGGAGACGGCGCGCUGCACGGCCGGCACGCUGCACAACCUCUCGCACCACCGCGAGGGCCUGCUGGCCAUCUUCAAGUCUGGCGGCAUCCCCGCCCUCGUCAAGAUGCUGGGCUCCCCCGUGGACUCGGUGCUGUUCUAUGCCAUCACGACGCUGCACAACCUGCUGCUGCACCAGGAGGGCGCCAAGAUGGCCGUGCGUCUGGCCGGCGGCCUGCAGAAGAUGGUGGCCCUGCUCAACAAGACCAACGUCAAGUUCCUCGCCAUCACCACAGACUGCCUUCAGAUUCUGGCCUACGGCAAUCAAGAGAGCAAACUGAUCAUUCUGGCCAGCGGAGGCCCCCAGGCCCUGGUGAACAUCAUGAGGACGUACACCUACGAGAAGCUGCUGUGGACCACCAGUAGAGUGCUCAAGGUGCUCUCCGUCUGCUCCAGCAACAAACCCGCCAUCGUGGAGGCCGGUGGUAUGCAGGCCCUCGGACUGCACCUGACAGACCCCAGCCAACGAUUGGUCCAGAACUGCCUGUGGACCCUCAGGAACCUCUCAGACGCUGCUACCAAACAGGAGGGCAUGGAGGGUCUGCUCGGCACGCUGGUGCAGCUCCUCGGCUCGGACGACAUCAACGUGGUGACGUGUGCGGCGGGCAUCCUCUCCAACCUCACCUGCAACAACUACAAGAACAAGAUGAUGGUGUGCCAGGUGGGCGGCAUCGAGGCCUUGGUGCGCACAGUGCUGCGCGCUGGCGACCGCGAGGACAUUACAGAGCCUGCCAUCUGCGCCCUGCGUCACCUCACCUCACGCCACCAGGACGCCGAGAUGGCCCAGAAUGCCGUGCGGCUGCACUACGGCCUGCCCGUGGUGGUCAAGCUGCUGCACCCGCCCUCACACUGGCCCCUCAUCAAGGCCACCGUGGGACUGAUCCGCAACUUGGCGCUGUGUCCUGCCAACCACGCCCCGCUGAGGGAGCAGGGGGCCAUCCCCCGCCUGGUGCAGCUGCUGGUGAGGGCGCACCAGGACACCCAGAGACGCACCUCCAUGGGAGGCACCCAGCAGCAGUUUGUGGAGGGAGUUCGCAUGGAGGAGAUUGUGGAGGGUUGCACAGGAGCUCUCCACAUCCUGGCCAGAGACAUCCACAACAGAAUCGUCAUCCGAGGACUCAACACCAUUCCACUCUUUGUCCAGCUGCUGUAUUCUCCCAUUGAGAACAUCCAGCGUGUGGCGGCCGGCGUGCUGUGUGAGCUGGCGCAGGACAAGGAGGCGGCGGAGGCCAUUGAGGCCGAGGGUGCCACCGCCCCCCUCACAGAGCUGCUGCACUCCAGGAACGAGGGAGUCGCCACGUACGCCGCUGCCGUGCUGUUCCGCAUGUCUGAGGACAAGCCUCAGGACUACAAGAAGCGGCUGUCCGUCGAGUUGACCAGCUCCCUCUUCAGAACCGAGCCCAUGACCUGGAAUGAGACCGGAGACCUGGGCCUGGAUAUCGGUGCACAAGGAGAGCCUCUGGGCUACAGACAAGAUGACCCCAGCUACCGCUCCUACCACUCGGGCGCGUACCAGGACGGCCUUCCCAUGGACCCCAUGAUGGAGCACGACAUGGGCGGCCACCAUCCCGGCGGGCCAGGCGACUACCCAGUGGAGGGCCUGCCCGACCUCAGCCACGCCCACGACCUGAUCGACGGCCUGCCGCCAGGCGACAGCAAUCAGCUGGCCUGGUUUGACACCGACCUGUAAAUACACCAAGUAACUUUUUAGCUGUAUCGUCUGAUCUGAAUGAACCUGCGUUGUGAUCUGGCCUGUAAGAGUUGCUGGGCGGUCUCAAGAGGAAGAGGAAGUGGAGGGGGGCUAGUAUCUCAGAAAGUGCCUGACACACUCAUUCAACCUGAGUUUCCUAUGGGAACAAGUGGGGCGGGGUGGGGAAAUUUAAAAAAAAAAAAGAGAGAGAGAGAAAAACAAAUGACAAACUUUUGUUCUGGUUCUCGUGGGCCAGAGAUUUUAUCAGAAGUGGAAGUCUUGUGGGGUGGGUGACUGGAGAACGAAGGACGCCUGAAAAAGUGGAUCCUAAGAGAUGGAAUUUUCAACCCUAGCCUUGCCUGUAUUUUUUAUGACCUUUUAUUUUUUAUUUUUUAAUGAUUUCCUCUGUCUGUAAUGGUACUUAUGUAGCUUGCUUUAUUAUAUUGGUCUAUUGUUUCAUUUCAUUAUUUUUGUUUUUCUUGUUUUGUUUUUAUUUUUAUUUUUUUUGCAGUAAUUUGUAUUCCUUUUAUCAUGUCCUAUCGUAGUGUUGAGUUCUAUAGUGGUGAUGCUCCAUCGGUUUAAAGACUUUAUCAAGUUAAUGGUGUAGGAAACACUAAUAAUCAUUUGAAUUGUACUCUGAUCAAGUGUAAACAUUGUGUAGCUUUUGUAUAAAAGAAAUUGGCAACAGUCCAAAUCUGGAUAUUUUUUCCUUUCUUUUCUUGCUUUAAAUGAUCUCACCAUUUCCAGUGGUCACAGAGAUGUUCCAAAGGGUGUGCAAUGGGUGGGGUCACUUUAAUUUUCUUUUUCUUUUUUUUUGAUGGUAGCUCUAGAAGGUUUUGAAAAAGAACCCCUAAUUAUUGUGGCCUGCUGUGCUUAUUUGAGACAUGGUUAUGACAUGGCUAAACAAUAAAAAUGGACUUAAAUUUC